AUGGAGUGGAAACUGGAGCGAUUCUCUUCUCGGAGGGUCCGAACUGAUGAAGAGGCUUGGUGGGAGAAUACUAUGAAGCUGCUUGCAAAAGAUAUUAAACUGAACGGAAAUCAGGUUAGCAAGGCAUGGAAUACAGCCAGCACUUCAUAUUCCAACUUCAAAAACAGUAUGGAGAUGAGACCUACAGCUGAGAUGCCUGUUUUUAGUAGUCCAAUAACCACGAGAGGGCAGCAGACCUCCACUGAAAAUUGUGCAGCCCAUUCUUUCAAGGAGGACCAUUCUCUGAAUCUGGCUGAUGCUUCUGAAUCAAAGAGGACACAGGAGGAGGUGACCAUGAUUCUUGGAUCCCCCAGUCAUCAGUUUUGGAAGACCAAUAUGAUAGCACGUUUAGAAAGAAAUGCUACUGCUUUAAGUUGUUGGGAGACAUUGAACAUCGAGCAGAGAAGUUUGCAGAAAAAUGUUGCUCUGAAAAAUCAGAAGUGGCUCCCGCUGCCCAGAGUCCCAGAGGAAGCCUGGAAUGUCUGUGGGAAAAUGCAGAUCUGUGAGAGAACCAAGUGCCUUUGGAAAGGCUGCAGAGAUGGAAUUCGUAGAAAGGAGUCUGUACAACAUCAACGUUUCAGUGAUAGGAAACAUCUUGUACUCCAGCCAGAAGUGAAGAUCCAUCUUACUGGCCUCCGAGAUGACUACUAUCUCAACAACCUGGACUGGAAUUCGGAAAAUUUUCUUGCUCUUGCCCUUGGGUCUACUGUACACAUUUGGAAUGGUGAAAGCCACGAAGGGAUGGGCAGCAUAGACUUGGACCCCUGCCCCAACUAUAUCUCCUCAGUUUCCUGGAAAAAGGAGGGGACCUGCAUUGCCAUUGGCACCAGUGAGGGAGAAGUACAAUUAUGGGAUGUGGUGACUAAAAAGAGGCUGAGAAAUAUGGUUGGUCAUAUUUCAGUAGUUGGGUCUCUGAGUUGGAAUCACUGUGUCCUCAGCAGUGGUUCAAGACUGGGCCAUAUUUAUCAUUAUGAUAUUCGAGCUGCUCAGCAUCACAUUGGCGCACUUCAACAUAAACGCACUGUAUGUGCUCUGAAGUGGUCACCAAGUGGCAAGCUGCUUUCAAGUGGUUGUAUGGAUGGGAUAUUGAAUAUAUGGCCCUAUGAUCCUGGUGUGGCCAAAUCCUGCCAACCACUAAGAGUACUGCAUCACUCUACUGCUGUUAAGGCUGUGAACUGGUGUCCUUGGCAAUCUGAAGUCCUUGCUGUUGGAGGAGGCAUGAGAGAUGGGCAUUUACACAUCUGGGAUAUGAACACUGGGGAAAGCAUCCAGACUCCAUGUACAAAUUCACAGAUUUGUUCCCUGAUCUGGUUACCUAAGACAAAAGAGAUUGCAUCUGGCCAUGGCAUUCCUAAACAUGAAGUUACUCUAUGGAACUACCCCUUUCUGAGCCAAUCUGGUGGAUUUUUCAGUCACAGAGGCAGAGUAUUGCACCUGGCUUUGAGUCCAGAUCAGAGCAAGAUCUUUUCAGUUGGAGCUGAUAGAAUGGCCUAUGUAUGGAAAUGCUGUUAA